GCCAUGUACACCUACUCGCGUCAAUAGUCUACUGUUCUCCCGUGCUGUCGUGAAGGGCGAAAAAGGAGAGAUAGCUGGGCUGCGACGCUUCUAACAUCACUGUAUAAAAAGAGGCUCGCAUAGGAUAACCUCAAAGACUCAAGCUAGCCAUUCGCUCAGUACAUCCUGGUGUACUUAAACAUGGCGAACUCAAGUGACAAUGAGGCGCAUACGGACACGACAGGAAUAGAUUUCACUAAGAAGAUCCGCCACGACACCUACGCCUUCAUCGAUCCUCUCAAACCACCGUCCUCGCAUAAAUCCCACUCCGUCUUCAUCUCAGGAGCGUCCAAAGGUAUAGGCCGCAGCAUCACUCUCUCGUUCGCUCGUUCCGGAGCAUCCAAGAUCGCUAUCGGUGCACGUUCCUCCCUUGACUCUGUCGAGAAAGAGAUCCUGGAUGUUGCUUCGAAGGCAGGUCAUCCAGCUCCCCUUAUACUCAAGCUUCAUCUAGAUGUGCUUGAUAAAGACAAUGUGAAGCGGGCGGCAGAGGAGGUGGCGAAGGUGUUCGGUGAUGGAGGGUUGGACGUGUUAGUGAAUAAUGCGGCGUAUUGGGAGAGACUGGCGCCUUUGAGUGGGCCGGAUGUGGAUGAGUGGUGGCACUCUUGGGAGGUCAACGUCAGAGGCAUAUUUCUCGUGACUAACGCUUUCCUGCCGUUUGUCUUGAAGAGUAAGGAAAAGACAAUCAUCAAUGUCAGCUCAGCUGGUGCCCUAGGAGCGAGUCCCGGGCUCUCCGCUUAUAGCACGGGAAAACUGGCCGUCCUACGACUCACAGAAUAUCUCGUCGUCGAAAAUGGUGCUGAAGGCCUCAUAGCGUACGCCGUCCAUCCAGGCGCCAUCUUGACCAACAUGACACAGCAACUUCCUUCGGAGGCAUAUCAUCUCCUAACCGAAACGGUGGAACUGGCGGGAGACACCAUUGCGUUCUUAGCGCGCGAGAGACGGGAGUGGCUUGCCGGUCGAUACAUCAGCUCCACUUGGGACAUGGAGGAGGUUCUUUCGCGAAAGGCGGAGAUUGUGCAGAAGGACAAGCUGAAAGUCCGCAUUGUUCUCUGAGCGGUAGUAUCGUGCUUGGGAGGAACGUUGUAUGAUUCAGUCGACUGGUUUAGUGAAAGAUGCUUGCUUUCGCGAGCCAUACAUUGUGUGUUACCUGCAGUAGCAUCAGACAGUGAGUGAAUGGAGACAUGUUUCAG